AUGGCCGCCCAAGCUCGAGUCCCGUCCUCAGGCCCCGUCCCCAUCCUCGGUCUGUCCUUCCCUCAGCUCAGUCUCUUCUUUCGAAUUCGCCUCAUUGUCGUGAUUUUGAUUCCUGAGAUUUCCACUCCGUUUCCCUUCCACUGUGCAGGUGCCGACCCCAGCUUUCCUGUCCGAGCUCUUCUUGCACUCCCGCGGAUCCCUUCGGCUACGGGCUCCAGGACGGUUCCAGGAUUGGCAGGGCAUUCCUUCAAGGGAGGCUCUCCUCUCAGUAAGGCUUCCUCUCCUUUCAGUUCUUUGACCUCUGCAUAUAAAUUAGGCGUGGAAUUGCGUUUUGUGGUGUGUAGUUAUUUCUAUGUGUGAAUUCGGGGAGUCGCAGAAUGUUGUGUAGAUUACAGUCUCCACGAAUCUUUCCAACGGCCGCACUUCUGUUGGAACUAUGGCCACUGACGAGAGUGAUAAUAUGAAUGGAAUGCUUCCGAAUUUUCACUUCUGGCUCUUUCAAUCACCCACCCCUCAAUGUGUCUGCUAUUACUCUGAAUAGAGAUUGGUGUGACAAUGAGGACGGUUGACUUCAGCAUUUCACGGUUACACCCAUCUCAGCAUUUCCACGGAGAAAAACUGCUGCAGGAGGUGUAGGAAGAUUUGGGGACAUAAAAGUACCUUACAAGCCGAACAUGGAGAGGGUGCUAUAAUUGAGGAAAAUUGCCCACAGAACUCGAUUUUGAAACUGAGCAGGCUUUUGAUUUGUGGAGUCAUGAACAAUGAAGAAUAUGAACAAAAGAUUAUGUAGUUAAAAGUCACGGCAAUCAUAAAUGUUUAAGAAAGAAGAUUGUUAUCAAAUGACCAACUCCCUGGGAAAAUCUUCUUCAAAAUAAGAGUUCCUUCUAGUUGAUUACAUUUUCCAUACUGUUGGAUUCUUUUUCACGGUAAGUGAAUAUUAUUACUUGCUGGUGGUUCCAAAAUUUUCUUAAUAUUUCAUUUCUAAAUUAUAAUUUUCUCAUUUUGAUAUUACUCAACCUACAUAAAAAUGUGUCCCCAACCCUAGGAAAAUAGCGGAAACCAUGAAAUGUGCAUUAAACUCUUAAGCUACUCCAGAAUAAAUGCAAAACCGUGGAACUCUUCCAUCAUCUUGUUUACAUCUUUUCUAAUAUAUAUUUCUUUGUUUCCAAUGCAAUUGAAGACGGCUUUGUACUAAGGUAAUGCGGACCCAAGAUGCCUGCUCCCGAGCUCUUUUGAAGUACUCGGAGUCAGAAAUAUUUGUGAAAAUAACUACAUGCUAGAAGCCCUCAGGUCUUUUAUAUUUUCUUGAAAUGAUGACCAUUGUAUAUGUAAAUUAGUACAAUGCAUUCAAUGCGCAAGAAGCUCUGAUUUAUCUGAUUGUGUAAGUAGUUUUCUUUUUCAACGUGUGUUAAUGCUAAUAUGCGAUUUUCCCCUGAAUGAGUAAUGCCGUGUUUACUUGAUUUUGGUGUAUGCGAAAGGAUAGCUGAAAGUCAUUCAUACAUCGUCCAUUGAGAAUUUAAACUCAGCAUUAAAAGUUGGCCAUUGCUUUGGCAGUUGUUUGGAGAAACUCUAGUCAACAGAAAUUUGGACAAAAGGCAACACCGCUAAUUGUGAGAUGCGAGCAGAGCACAAAAGGGGGCAAUGGCUUAGAUGUUUGGCUAGGCCGGACAGCAAUGGUUGGGUUCGCAGCAGCUAUUACUACUGAAGUAGCUACAGGGCGGGGCCUUUUGGAGGUAUGUCUCAGCUAUAGUCUUACCUUUUAUGCUAACAGAGAUGGUUCAUACCUGUGCUCCAUUUCAUAUUAUUCAUAGUUUAGGGGUUUCCUUAAUAAUGCUCUUGAAUACCCUUGGAGUACGAAUUGGUUCCACCCAUAUGAUGAAACCCUCGUAAUUUUUAGUCGUUCAAUCCAGCUGGUUAAUUUCUUAUACAUCACUUAUUUCUUGCAUAUUUGCUCUCUUCAAGUGCAAUGCAAUCUAGGUGCUCCUUGCUUGAGGCUAAACUUUGAUCAAAGCUUUUCCUGGGUUCAUGGGCUAUCUUUACUCAUAUUUUGCAGACAUGGAUUUGGUUUGAAGCCAAAUAAUACGUUUUGUUUUACUCGUUUGUAACCGUAAGCUGUUAUUUUCACAUCUGCUUGCAUUGUAUAAGGAAUAUAUUUUUGGGUUUGCAAUUUGGACGGUGGUAGUUGGCAAGUUCUUAUUAAGCCCUUCUCUGGAGGAAAAUGGUUCUUUGGUUAUCAAUCAGGUAGGUUGUGAGUGUCAACUUUGCUCAAGUCCUUCUACUUUGUAGAAUGAAAUUACUGUUCUGUUCAUGAUAAAACUGUUGGUAAGUAUCACACUCAAGAACCUCUCAAUACCUCUCACUUUGUAAAUGAAGGGCAGCCACCAACCAGUCACCGUGAAGGUCCUAAUAGCAGAUUAUCUCCGUCAUUCCUUAUAAAUUAUUUCCCAUUAUUCAAUUAGUGAUUUUGUUAGUGAUUUUUACCGAAUGUUGUAUGAGCACAUUCAUCUUCCUGUUAAAAGUUAACUUGUGUAAUUUAUCUUGAAAUUGGGCGGAGUUUUUUCCCCACAUCAGAUAUGUUAUUAUAUGUCAUUGAUAACCGUAAUUUGAUAGUCUCCCUAAUGUAUUGACCUUCAUGUUUUCCUGUUGAACCAAUUACCACCCCAUGGCACGAAAAUGGAACUUCUUUUGUUUUUGGUACCGUGUCUAGUUCAGAUUCGGAUGUUUUCGAUCCUGCAACGGGAAACUAGUUUAAUUUCCACUGCAUAUGGUGAUUUGGUUGAUAUGCUUCCACCCCGACCGAGUAAUGUGCUUUUAUAACUUACAUGGUCAAGUGUGCAUAACCGGAUUUUAGAUUCUGGUCGUCUGGUGGCCAAUAUAUGUCUGCUCUAAAAUGGAAGAUAAGAAACCACGUAUGGACUCGAAGGUUAACCACUGCUUCACUCCAAUGGAACACAGCUGUUCUGCACAAAUUUAUCAUCUCUUAAGAAGAGAAACAGAAACAGCAUCUAUGUAGCAUAAAAGAGCGGGAAAUAUUUAAUGUUUAUGAUAUUCAACGCGGGAUUUGAAGGUCAUUAUGCCUGACAAGCAGUCAGUGUUCUGUCUUGGUCAGUUGAACAUGUGCAUGAAACCUGUAAAUCCAUAAGAACAUGCUAUAUGCCUUGGGAUUUCUUCUAAGAAACGUUUCUCUCAUUUUUUUUCAGAAUUUUGGUCUGACAACACCAUUGCCAACAGUCGCUUUGGCGGUGACGGGAUUAGUUGGGGCCCUAACAGCGUUCUUCAUCUUUCAAUCUGCAUCACGGGAUUGA